UUGGGUGGAAAUGUGUUUUGUAGUGUGGUAGUACAGUACUAUCAACUUUGUUAUCACAUCAAAAUCUUCCCACCCACUCUCAGUAGACUCUUUUCAGCAUGUCUGCUCUGGUCAAGUCUCGAGGUGCUUUCAUUGUGCUUGAAGGCUGUGACAGAGUAGGUAAGUCCACUCAAGUACUACGGUUGCUGGAAGCACUCACAGAGGCCGGAGUUCCCAACAAAGUGCUCAAAUUCCCUGAUCGUACUACUUCAAUAGGAAAACAUAUAGAUGCCUACCUACGUCGCAAAUUAGAGCUGCCUGACAAGGCAGUGCAUCUGCUGUUUGCUGCAAACCGUUGGGAGGUGGAGGGUGAAAUGAAGAGUGAUCUUCUCUCUGGUCAAACCUUGGUCGUCGAUCGCUAUGCCUAUUCUGGUGUUGCUUACACUGCUGCUAAGAAGGUGGCUCCUUUAUGGUGGUGCAAAGCUCCUGAUAUUGGUAUCCCAGCCCCUGAUGUGGUCUUCUAUCUAAAACUUCCAGCAAAAGUAGCCGAACAAAGAGAUGUGUAUGGUGAUGAGCGUUACGAGCAAGUGGGAUUCCAACAAGAGGUGGAGCAGCAGUUUGAAGCACUCAGGGGACCUCAGUGGAUAGAGCUAGACGCCUCAAGAAAUAUUGAGAGCCUUCAUAAGGAUAUUUUAGCCAAGGCUUUGGAGGUGAUACGUGCUGUAGACAGACAACCUAUUGGAGAAUUAUGGACAGAUGAUGCAGUAGUCCAGUCUUCAUCAUAAUUGUUCAUCAUUCAUUUGUUUGUUGGAAUGGUAUUAUAAUCUAAUUAUUCA